AGUGGCACCCUGCAGAGCCUGGAGGAAGCGGACAUUCUGGACCCAGAGUUCCAGCAGCGCUUGGAAGACGCUCGUACCUUGCUCAGGCAGGAGAUCCAGCGGGAGUUGAAGAUCAAGGAGGCUGCUGAGAGACUGCGGCGGGCCAUCACCAACCGCAAGAGCGCCGCCGAUGUGGAGGGCCAACUGAAGGCCUCCAACCGCAAGCUGGAGAGGCUACACCUGGAGCUGCAGGAGCUCAACGCCAGGUCCAUGGCCACAGAGAAGGACAGCCCCACAGGUUGUUUGGAGGAGGAAUACAACCCAUCAGCAGACUCCUGUCAGUGGGAGGACGUCAGCUCCCCUGCGGCCACUCGAGUCAGAACCCUGAAGAAACAGCUCACCAUGGAGACCAAAGUCAAACAGGGCGCUGAGAACAUGAUCCACACUUACACCAACAGCUCCGUCAAGGUAGAGGACAAUAUUUGUCGAAUUUGUUAUGGUUUUAUGGUGGG